AUGGAAAAACUCAUUUUGUGCGGGUGUUUGUAUUUUGGCUCUCUACCUUCUUUUGAAGAGUAUCAUUUCAACCUCAAAGUGAAAGUAGAAGUUGUGUUCAUAGACGGUGCCAUGUGUGAGAAUGGUGGAAUUUUCCACGAGCGCCAGAGGAAGCAGCUGUGUGCGAUGCACGUGCUCAACAAUCUUUUUCAAGCCCCAGUCUUCACCAAGUCAGAGAUGGAUGACAUAUGUACAAGUCUGACGCCCCAGAAGUUCUGGAACCCACAUCGCAGUUUGCUGGGUAUGGGGAACUAUGAUGUCAAUGUGAUCACCGCCGCCCUUCAAACACGUGACCUCUGUGUGGUGUGGUUUGAUAAACGCAAGAGUAUUGCCCAUAUAGAAUUCAGCAAAGUGAAAGGUGUGAUUCUCAAUGUUCCCUCAGAUUGGAAGCUGGGGUUUGUGAAACUCCCUGUAGACUUUAAACAUUGGAUUCUCCUCCGAGAUAUUGAUGGCACUUUCUACAACCUAGACUCUAAGCUGUCGAGGCCCGCCUUGAUAGGGACCCGGGAUGACUUGGUCGGGUAUCUUCAGGAGCGGUUGGGCAGUGAGGAAAGGACACAGGUGCUACUGGUUGUGGAGCCCGAAGUUGAAAAUUCUGGGGCCUGGCAUAAACCUGACACAGGCACGGGCUCAGAUUCAGGGGUUGUGGAAACCGCCUCUGGACUUGUUGGCUCUGAUAGUGACGGUGUUAGUGCCGAUAUAAAGACCAAUUCUGCAGAGAAAUCUGGAGAAAAAUGUGAUGAAGCUCCUUCAUGAAACUGUGUUUAGUGGCUUAAUUUAUUUCUAACUGUAGGACAAUUUAUAAUAUACAUCCAAAAAAUGUUGCCCAAAAUAAAUUUUUGUCAACACUUAUAUCUCAGCAAUUACACUUUACCUGUAAAUGUAAUGCAAAUACCAAUUCUAGAAUAUACAUGUAUAUAGAACAUCCACUUUUUUUUAAACCUCUACUUCUACCAAGUACCAUUUCUCACACUUUUCCUCGACUUCCACCCAAUAGAAACAGAAUACUCAAAUUGUUUUAUCAAAAUUUAUUUCGUAUAUAUUCGACUUGUGUAUACAUUAUCAAUAUAUGUAUGAUCAAUAUGUAUAAUUAAGAAAAUAAAAUUGAAAACACUG